AUGGCGCACAAGACUUACACACCCUCGACUUCUGCCAAUGCGAUGCAGCUCCGAACAAGACAAAAGAACAAGUUCGACGAGAUCGAGUCUAGCCUUGGUCUUGCCAGAAGCUCCAGGAUACCGCUGGCACAGGGACAGUCGCGGCUCACCAGCUGGCUCAAUCGGGUCCAUCUUUUUCAGCCAUUCGCGAAACCUGCUACCGACAAUGAUGUUAUCUGGCUGCUUGACAACACCGCCUACAAGUCCAUGAGCACGGGGGCCUGGCAGGCCGAGUUUGUUGCAGCUGUUUUCGAGCGCGAGGACAAGGAGACGCUCGUUGACAUGGUGACGGCAGUCAUUCGCGCAGUGGGAUUGGCAGAUGAUGCCACUCGACGGAAGACGGUUGAAGAGAGGCUGCUUCCCUUCCUCUGGGACAUUCGUCCUGCCACAAUGGUCACGGCUAGCCAAAGCAGCAGGGAGUUGAAAUUAGGGCCAACCAACACCAACGGGUUGACAUCAAACGUGCUCAACGUCUCCAGCAGCGGCCGUGGUUCGCUUGUCAAGGCGUCCACAAAGAUUGGCGAUGGUCGUGGUAGCAUCGUCAAUAUGCAAACUUACUAUGCUGGUGACGACGGUUGGGGAAUCAUCUCCGAUGUAGACGACACAAUCAAGGUGACGAUGACGAGUGACCCGGUUGGCAUACUUCGCGAAACAUUUAUUAACUCCCCGACUCCCAUCCCUGGAAUGCCUGAGCUUUAUGCGAAAAUCAAGUCUCUUUUACCAUUAGACACUGCUUGGUUCUACCUGUCAGCCUCGCCAUACAACCUGUAUCCCUUUUUGAAACAGUUCCGCAAGCAACAUUAUCCUCCAGGUACUCUGAUUCUCCGUGAUUCAAGCUGGAAAACCGUGGCGGGUUUGCUUUCUGCGUUAACACUGAGGACGGAAGAAUACAAGGUGGAUCGGAUGAAGAAAAUCAACACCUGGCUGCCAAGGCGGAAAAUGAUUGUAAUUGGAGAUUCCACGCAAUCAGACCCAGAGGCGUACGGCGAAAUCUACCGAGCUGUGCCGGGUUGGAUCAGACUCAUCUUGAUACGCAAGGCCACUGAUGUUGCAGCUGUUGGGAUUAGAGAGAAGAAUGAGCCGGAGAGAUUCGAGAAAGCCUUCAAGGACAUUCCUCGAGACGCCUGGCACGUAUUUGAAAACCCCCGGGAAUGUGUGGAGAUUAUCAGGAAGACUAUACAGGAAGGGGGGCACUGA